AUGUCAAACGAUCAUGCAGUGGCACAACCAAACGGCGUCUCGAGACGAUCCUCUGGUCAGGAUCACUCUUGGGAUCACCGCAAUCACGCAUCUUCGUCGCCCGCGUCCGAUUCCAGAGAACGCUCCCCAUCCGAUACCGCCACCUCUCCUUUCCCGUUAAAUGAUAUUGACUACGAGUCCAGUCCGGCAGGUCUGGCGCAAGAGCUGAGCAAUCUACAAGCCUUGAGGCGGAUGUCAAUGCAUAUAGGCGCGACCGAUGAUCCAGACCUGCCUCAAUUGAGCGCGGCCGGCAUGCCUAGUGCCCCAUCCCCUACUUCUAGCGAAGACGACUCCUCCAGAUUGUUCUGGGUCCCUGCCCGACUACACCCAGAACUGGCCCCAAAGGAGUUCAAGACUUUUUUGGAAAGCAAAGCGGAGCAAAUCAGAAGGAGAUCUGGCGAGCUGUCCGCUUUUGCAACGCCGUCCUCCUCACGCUCGUCCUCCUUGAGUACUGAAGGAGGAAGCUCUGGCUUGCGCAGGAAGAAGUCCAUGUUAUCCCGCCAAAUUGAUAGCUCUGUGGGAUACCAAGAUGGUGCGGACCGGUUAGAGAGGAAGAGAUCACUGUCGCGCCGGGCUGCCCCCCAGGACCCAAACCUGCAAGAAUUGGAAAACUUGGUCGCAAACACCCCUGGUUUGUCGAGGACAAGCCUAGAGCCUUCGUCGGAAGACGAUGCCCCAGAUGUCAUACUGCCGUCGGUCCCGGGAUCCAGUCUGAAAAGGUCCACAAGAACAACGUAUAGACGAGGUGGAAGCGUCAAGGGGAGGGGAGAUCGAGGCACCUAUGCUCAACGUGCAGCGAGAAGGGCUGCUGCUGGGAGCCCUUCAAGCAGCCGACCUGAAUCGCCUGAAUCUAGCGUUCCGGCGGUUCCUCCGCUCCCGAACUUGUCCAUGGAGAUUCCCAACCUCGCGCAGACUUUGAAGGAUCCAUCUAGCGCAACAAAUGUCGGGAAGACCACCCCUACCAAUUUCUCGAGGCCAGCCAACUCGUCUUCGGCAAGCGGAACUUCUUCUGUAUCAACAACAUUUGACUACAUAUUCAGCAAUGACGAUGUUACGAAAAGAACGACCCCGACGGGCAUGCCCGCGUCGCGAAAAUCACCGCCUCCUCCAAUAUCUCCUCCAUCCACGAGCACUUCGUUCGAUCGCAAACCAGUGCCUCAGAUAGUUGAGACUCCGCCCCCCGCAGAGACUCCUCCGGUCUCUGUCCAGCCGCCGAGAUCUUCUUCGAUGACCCCUCCACCUGCGCAACAGCAAGUACGACAUCCUGAACGAGUAUCUUCCCGUGAAGAUAGCCGAACAAGAGCAAUCUCCCCGCAAAGGCCAUCAAUGCCUUCCAAAGGGUCCAUGCCAGUAAUCACACCACGAACAACAUCUCCGGCAAAUCAGAUCCUGCCACAAUCAAGACCAUCACAGAGCCUCGAACAACCAUCUCCUUUGCCAGGAAAUGACACGAAUACCAGCAACUUGUCUUUUAUACCGACUCUCACUGUGGAUAAGAGGGCUGAACCUAAAAAGAAGGAAGAGACUAAAAAGUCGAGCUGGAGUUGGUUGCUAGGCAAGGAAGAUGGAGACAAGGACAAAUCGGAAAAGCCAAAGGCCAAAAUCUCCAAACCUCCUCAGCAACACGACAAUACUAGACUUGAUGUGCUCCAAACGUCUAUCGAUGGAGGUGUUAGAGGACGUGAAAGUCUCGUCCUUGAUCGGGAACACCUGAAGCUCGAUGAAGAACGCAAAAAGGAGAGCCAGCGGAAAGCGUCAGGAAGCGACAAAAAGGAGAAAGAAAGCCUUUUCUCUUCCAUAUUUGGCGGCAAGAAGAGUAAGGGCGAUAAAGAUGGCAGCUCAAAGAAAUACCGCGAUCGAGGUCUGUCACCUGAACCGCCCUACCGAGAAUUGAAACCCGACAUCGACUACAAUUGGACUCGAUUUUCGAUUCUGGAAGAAAGGGCCAUUUACCGCAUGGCACACAUUAAAUUGGCCAAUCCUCGUCGGGCCCUAUAUUCGCAGGUGCUUCUCAGUAAUUUCAUGUACAGUUAUUUGGCGAAGGUCCAGCAGAUGCACCCCCAGAUGAAUCUACCCACAAGUGCCAAACAGCAACGGAAACAGCAGCAGAAAGACCAGCAGCAGCAGCAGCAGCAGCCGGACGAGUAUGUCCAAUAUCAGCGGUAUCAACAACAACAAGCUCAACAGCAACAACAGUCCCUCCAAGCUGAGCAGUCAUAUGGUUCUCAACAGGACUUUGUGGGCGAUUCGUCAAGUUACGAAUAUGAAGCUGGCAGUACGAGGCCAAGUUCAAGAGGAAGCAAGCACUCGAUAGAAAGUAAUGGCUCAGCAUAUGGCGGCGGUGUCGGUGCAUAUAAUCAGUACUAUCACAACAAUCAACUACAGGAGCAGUUACACCAAACGGGUUCGCGUCAAGGCGGAUCCCAGCUGGACGAAGAUGACGACGACAUGUGGUAA